CUCUGGCGAGUCAUCGGCUACUCAGCUGCCACCGCUCAAAACUGUGCUUGGGGCCAAGCUUAAGCCGAGCAAGAAGGCUCGCCUGGAUAAAGCGACCGAAGAAGAAACUGCUCCUGAACCGGACAACACCCCAGAUCUUGAAGCGGCUAUUCGUGAAGAUGUGCCCAACGACCUGCCACUGCAAGAUGAGGAUUUUAUUGCUGAAGAAAGGCCUGUUGAUGCCUCCGGUCCUGCCGACCAGCCCAGAAGUCCCAUCCGGAUUGAGAAAUCCACCAGCCCAUCCAAGACUACUGGUAAACUGACAGCCCCGGUGCAAACCGGUGACGCCCAGGAUGAUGAAGUUGUUAUUACUGGUGUUGGCCAUACCGAGCCAAGCAAUCAUGUCGCUUUGUCCAAACAUAAUGCCAAGGACAAAUUCGCCGCAAUGGGCAAGGCCAAGUGGAAUGUCGAUUUGGCGACUUAUGCUGCUCUGAAUGCCCAAGGUCUUCAUUCUGGCUACCUGAACCGACUGUAUACCAGUCGUGAUUAUGAAGCUGGCCUAGUGAAUAUGAUGAAAGAGAAUUUUGAGGCUGAGCUGAAGACCAAAGAAAUCCAACUCGCCGAUCUUCAAGAAAAUUUGAAAUCCCAACAAGCUGAAACCUCAAAGGCGAAAGAGGAAUUGACCAGCGCUUUAAGCGUCAUGGAACAGCUUAAGGAGGGCUUCAAAAAAGAGCGGACAGAUUGGGCCACUGAGAAGGCCGCUUUGACCAAGAAAAUUGAAACUGCUGAAGCCGCCCUUAAACCGGUGGUAGAUGAGCUGACCAGCGUAAAGCGGCAAGUGCAUGCCAUGACUGCCGCCAUCUUUGGCACAUGCAUUGGUCACUUAGGGUCAGAUGUUCGGAUGAAAUUGAAAGCCGCCUGCACAUUAAUUGAACAGCUGUAUACUAGAGCGCAGCGGAUCAUCUCUACUGCAUCACAUAACAAUCCGGCGCCCACUUUAAUUCAAGAUACUCUUAAGAGGUUGUCAAUGCUUCCCCCCGGGUUGAAGAGCUGAAGAAAUCUGCUGCUCGAACUGGUGCCGUCAACGCCUUAAUCCGGGCAAAAGCAUGGGUGCCGGAUUUCGAUCCUGUUGAGGCAGCUCAGGGCUAUCCCAGUUUGAAGGAAUACGGCUCAGAGUUCAAUGAAGAUGACCUGAGAGCGAUAAACCGGGCGGUGCGCCCUCUGGCUUGCCAAUUGGUGGAAGAGGCAGACUUGUCGCAUUAUCAAGCUCAAUAUAACAAUCAGAACAAACGAGUGGCUGCACCAAUUCCCGAAGCGGAGAAUCUGAUCCCUCCAAUCCGUAAGCAUACUUACGCUCCUGAUAUUGAACCAUCUUCACUGAUCCAUGACGAAGCUGUCUUUCAAGCCUUAAUGGGAAUCGGCUGGACCACUGUUGACUUCCAGCCACUGGGUAGGGAAGAAGAAGCUGAAGCGGCGCAGGACGACCCACAACCAUCAGACUAGGGCGGUGACCAAGCUUGAACCGGAGACCGGUUUAAAUGGCUGCUUUGUUAUAUGCCGCCAAGAAAACAAUGAUCUUAUUUGGGCACCAUGUUACCUUGUAAUAGGAUAGCCAAUACUCUUGCUUCUGAGAUGCCUUCGUGCAUCAGUGCUGAUACUUUUGUUUGAAAGAUCGAAACCUUCA